AUGGACAUCGACCUCGACCGGGCGCGCGCGCUUCGCGUCCUCGGCCGCGGCGCCAUGGGCACCGUGUUCCUCGUCGCGGAGGCGGGCCCCUCGGCCUCGCGCCCCAGCCGGUACGCCCUCAAGGUCUUCGACAAGCGCUCCGGCAGCAGCAAGCCCGACGCCGACCGCCGCGCGCGGUGGGAGAUCAACGUGCUGUCCCGCCUCGCGCACCCGCACCUCCCCUCCCUCCUCGGCUUCACCGAGACGGACGACCUCCUCGCGUGGGCCGUCCCGUACUGCUCCGGCGGCGACCUCAACGAGCUCCGCUACUCGCUCCCCGACCGCGUCUUCUCCCCCGCGGCCAUCCGCUUCUACAUUGCCGAGAUCAUCUCCGCGGUCGCCGAGCUCCACGCCGCGGGCGUCGUGUACCGCGACCUCAAGCCCGAGAACGUGCUCCUCCGCGCCGACGGCCACGUCACGCUCACCGACUUCGACCUGUCCCGCCUCCUCAAUCCCAGGUCUGCGGACUCGCCGCCGCCUCCGCCGCCGGCGUCAUCCCGCGGCCACAACAACCGCCGGUCGCGCGUCCCCGUGCGGAGCGACUCGGUUCUCGGCCAGGCCAAGUCGUACUCCAACUCCAACUCCAAGCCCCCUCAUCAGCCGUGGUCCGCGGCGGCGUCGCCGCGGCAGCAGCUCCAGAGCCUGGUCCGGUACAUCAUGGGCAGCGGCGGCGACGGAGCCGGGGUGGGCAGCAGGAAGAGCAAGUCGGCGCGGGUGUCGCCCGUGAGCCGGAAGCCCGCGAGCUUCGGCGGCUGCGGCUCGGGCGCGUCGGCCGCCGCCGCCGCGUGGGGCAAGUCCUACUCCUUCGUGGGCACGGAGGAGUACGUGGCGCCGGAGAUGGUGCGCGGCGAGGGCCACUGCUUCGCCGUCGACUGGUGGGCCGUCGGCGUGCUGGUCUACGAGAUGGCGUUCGGGCGGACGCCGUUCAAGGGGCAGAACCGCAAGGAGACGUUCCGGAACGUGCUGCAGAAGGAGCUCGAGUUCCCGGGCGACAGCCUGCGACGGACACCGGAGCUCGCAGACCUCAUCUCGGGCCUGCUGGAGCGGGACCCGAGGAGGAGGCUCGGGUACGCCGGCGGCGCCGACGAGAUCCGCGCCCACCCGUUCUUCGCCGGCGUGGCGUGGGACAUGCUCAUGGAGGUGUCCCGGCCGCCCUACAUCCCGCCGCCGGCCGACGAGGACCUCGCGGACGGCGCCGAGGGGUUCGACGUGAGGGGCCACUUCAAGGACCUUCACCAGCCACCGCCGACGAAGUCUGCAUCGGAGUCGUCCUCGUCGGACUUCUCGACGGAGUUCUGA